UAUCUCCUGUCGUGCCGCUAGAGGCAUGUCGCCAUACCCAACUGUCAGCUUCUCUCAAGAGCGAGAGUCAGGCAACAACCAUUCUGGCCGGCUCGACCGCACUAAAAAGGAAAUGGUGUAACUUGUGCGAAGCAACAGCUUACCCAGAGGGGACCCUGAGCUCUUGAUGAUGAGUGUACGGCUGAAGUAUCCUACCCAUAGCAUACAUAUAUAGACAGGACAGCGUCCCUUUGCGAGCUCAUCGGGGUACCGCGCUGUCAUCCGUUAACUUUCUCAUCCUUGCACUUCGUCCCACUCAGGGAGGACCGAAUCAUGGCGGCACUUCCGGACGUUGCCUCCAUUCCCAUCCCUCUGGUGGCAACCCUAGGCAUUGCCCCUCUAAUUUUCUAUCUCGUCCUUGAUAGAAUUGGUCCCUUGUGGCCAAAUUCCAAAGCUUUCCUGAUUGGCAAGAAGAAACCGGAGACGGUGACAUCGUUCGAGUGCCCAUAUGCCUACAUCCGUCAGAUCUAUGGGAAGUAUCACUGGGAGCCAUUCGUACAGAAGCUGUCUCCGAGGCUCAAGGAUGAGGAUCCGGCCAAAUAUAAGAUGGUUCUGGAGAUAAUGGAUGCAAUCCAUCUGUGUCUGAUGCUAGUUGACGAUAUAACUGACAAUAGCGACUAUCGCAAAGGCAAGCCAGCAGCUCACCGGAUAUAUGGCCCUUCAGAGACAGCAAAUCGCGCUUACUACCGAGUCACCCAGAUUCUCAACAAGACCGUGCAAAAGUUCCCCAAGCUGGCCAAGUUCCUGCUACAGAAUCUGGAAGAAAUUCUCGAAGGCCAAGACCUGUCACUAAUCUGGCGACGGGAUGGACUGGGUAGCCUUUCGACUGUUCCUGAGGAGCGAGUUUCAGCCUAUCGUAAGAUGGCGUCAUUGAAAACUGGGGCGUUAUUCCGGCUGCUGGGACAAUUGGUGAUGGAGGACCAAUCGAUGGACGGGACGAUGACUACUCUUGCGUGGUGCUCGCAGCUGCAGAAUGACUGCAAAAAUGUCUACUCAUCCGAAUAUGCCAAGGCCAAAGGGGCGCUUGCCGAAGACCUGCGAAAUCGAGAGCUCUCCUUUCCAAUUAUUCUCGCGCUGGAAGCUCCCGAAGGGUAUUGGGUCGCCAGCGCUUUGGAGACCAGCUCACCGCGCAAUAUUCGCAAGGCGCUUGCUGUGAUUCAGAGCGAGAGAGUGCGAAAUGCUUGUUUCAAGGAGCUCAAGUCGGCGAGUGCUUCAGUCCAGGACUGGUUGGCUAUCUGGGGACGGAACGAGAAAAUGAAUUUGAAGAGCCAGCAGACGUAG